UGGUACAAUGACCAUAUAAAUUAAUAGCAGAAGAAGAAGAAGAAGAAGAAGAAGAAGAAGAAGAAGAGGAGGAAGAAGAAGAAGAAGAAGAAGAGGAAGAGGAGCUUUUUCCUUUACUUUGCGAGCCUCCUUCAUUUCACCAAAUGUCUCGGGAAUCUCAUUCAGUUACUCUGCAGAUAAACCAACAGGGAGAAGACAAUGAAGGAGAAAAUGAACAGAAAAUUAAAGUAGUUAGGGACCAGUUGAAGCGAAUCAUAGCUUUCUCGGGUGUGAAAAUAACCAUGGCUUUUGUAAUACUCUUAGCAUUUUUGAACGGAACCAAAGAUAUAAGAGCCAUGCAUUCCUCCACAGUUAUCAAAGCCUACAAUUUCCUCAUCUGGGCCACUCUUCAAUCCCCCAUCUUGUUGUUGCUGUACGCAUUUUUUCUCUUUGGGCAUUAUAAUCGAAUCAACCGAAACCAGAAGAUAUAUCUCAUAGGCGGGAUUACCACAUCUUGUGUACUUUUAAUUGUGACAAGCUUUUUCUCCAUAGUACUCCUGAGCAAGGACAGUGCAGGGAUGAGUCUUAUUGUAAUUCCUGUGAUAGCUAUCAUAUGCUUCCUUGGAUAUAGGGCUACACAAAAUGUUAACGACCACGACAGUGCCAACCAUGAAAGCUACAAACCGGAGCAAAAGAAGGCCUUCAAGUUCGCUACUGCUAUGGCAACUAUGGCCAUCACAGUACAAACGGGUAUGAUUUAUGCUUCCUUCAAAAGCCCUCCCCUCCAAGCAUUGCAAAGUUUCCAACUUGCGCUGAGUCUCUUCUUCCUGAUCACCAUGGUUGGCAUCUUUGUUAUGAUGGUUACCUCCAUCCCCUUAACUGCUCAUUACUCCUUUUGGAGAGGGAGCCUUUCAAGCUUUGUGAGAUACAGCAGCACUGCUAUUUUGGUCCUCCUCGGGCUAUCAGCCGCUGCGCUCGCCAUGCAGUUCUUGGAAACCUUAGUCGUGGGCGUGUUCUCGCUGGCGCUCAUCCCUAUCUUCGUAUACUUCAUCCAGGAGUAUCUGGGUAUCGGCCUGAGAAAUCCAACUAGUGCUCGACCCUUAUACCAUGACCCACGCUAUGCGGGUGUGAUGAGGAACGGCAUUGCAAUGCUGAUCUCAGUCAAUGGUGGCCUACUAGCAUUCAUAUGCGUGGAGAGUGUGGGGAUUGCACCACAGCAAUAUUACAUGAGUUUAGGGCUAAAGGUGUGCGCAUUCUUCCAGCUAUUGGCCAUCGAAUCCGGCCUGAUCUGGAUAGGCCUCAUGUUUGAACCGCCGCACGGUGAAAUGUGGGCUUCGAUCGUUGAAAUAUUUUACUCUGUUAGUUUGUUGCUGCAGCUAGUUAUGAUCCUGGCCGGGGCGGUGAUGCUCUUCAUCGUGCUAUCUUAGCCAAGGGAACGUUUCGUUGGGGGUAAGUCGACAUAACAUAAAAAUUGAAUUUUCAGAUAGAAGUGGACUUCUAUCAAAACUUCAAUUUAUCACUUCCAUCAUACAUAACCAAAUGAAUGGAAGUGAUAAUCUCGGUUUCGAGCUACACAUAAUUACUGUGAUUAUUUACUUCCAAAAUGUUGUCUACGGGGGAUCUCAGAGAGAGUUUUUCUGAAAGAUUGCUAGAUAUGUUGUUGUUGUUG